GAGUACAACGCUGCCAUGGAGAACAAAGAGGCUAUCACAAGUCGGACUCCCGUGCAUGACCUCGUCGAAGGUUCCAAGAAAGCUGCACGACGAGAACAUGAGCUUACUAUCCGUGAAGCGAUAUCCCAGCACAAAGGAGGCGUCUUCUGGGCCAUUUGUUUCUGCUUUCCCAAUCUCAUCAUCGGCUACGAUCCAACCAUAGUCGGUUCUCUUGUCGGAAUCCCACAGUUUCGCAAGAAGUUCGGCUACGAAUACCCUGCUGGAUCCGGGACAUAUGUCCUCCAAGCAGCCUGGACGUCGGCCUUUACUUACGCACCCGUUAUCGGGUUCAUGCUGGCUGCUCUCUGGGGUGGUUGGUGUGUUGACCGCUUCGGGCCCAGAAAGACGCUGUUGGGCGCUACUGUCUUGUCGUUGGGCACUUUAUUGAUCGAAGUGCUUGGGGAGAGUGCAGCUGUUAUCUUUGUUGGUGAUCUUCUGACUGGCCUCUUGACAGGCAGCUUCCCUGUGCUUGGUCCGGCCUACAUCUCUGAAAUCCUCCCGGUCUGUCUCCGAGGUAUCGGGCUGUCGUGCAACAACCUCUGCCAGGUCCUUGGAUCUCUCAUUGGAACAGGCAUCCUCCGGGGAACGGAAUCUCGAUCGGAUAAAUGGGCUUACAAAGUUCCAUUUAUCACUGAGUACGCCUUUCCAGUGAUGUUCAUCCUUGGUGCCCUCUUCGCACCUGAAACUCCAUGGUUUCUGGUGAAAAAGGGGCGGUACGAAGAAGCCACAAAGUCCCUGAAGAGGAUUGGUUAUGUUGACAAUACCGAUGAUACCUUGGCUCACAUGAAAGAGACCAUCGCCUUGGAAGAAGAGGUGUCUCAAAGUGUGACGUAUCUGGAUUGCUUUCGAGGCACCAACUUACGGAGAACUGCUAUCUGUGCAAUUGCUUACAGUGGCCAAUUCUUCUGCGGCAUCAACAUUGCAUCAGGGUACUGUACGUACUUCUUCGAACUGGCUGGCGUCACUACGAAUCAGGCCUUUGACCUAUCGCUCGGAUUGUUUGGCCUGGGCGUGAUCGGAAACAUACUCUCGUGGCCUUUGAUCACCUUAUGGGGUAGAAGGAGUGGAUACAUCCUCACCGCCGCUCUGGCGACACUCUUCAUGUAUCUAAUCGGCUUUCUCGGCAUUGCUCCCCAGUCCAACACCGGUGCCAUGUACGCAAAGUCGGUCAUAUUACUGUUGUUCAACUUUGUCUACAACAUCGGUCUGGGCCCAAUCGUCUACGUGCUGAUUGCCGAAUUACCAAACACGAAGAUUCGUGGGAAGACUUUGGGAGUGGCUUGCUUCGUGCCGCAUGUCUUUUCCAUCUCUAUCACGGCCGGCUUGCCUUACGCCAUGAGCAACACAGAAGCCAACUGGGGUGCGAAAACGGGAUUCUUGUUUGCUGGCCUGGGAACGCUUACUGUCAUCUGGGCCUUUUUCUAUCUCCCGGAGAGUAAAGGUCGAACUUUCGAGGAACUUGAUGUUCUCUUCGCACGCAAGGUUCCGGCCAGAAAGUUUGGGAGUACAAACUUGAGCGAUUUCGAUGCGGCUCAUGAAUUGAAGGGUCUUGGGCCCGAGGAAGCUUAGUGGGGGUGCUCUCGAACCACUUCAUUCAGCACGUCUCAAUUGCACCUACAAGGGUUCGCAUGGACAGUAGGACGACAGAGGUCAAAUACGGCAUCCACAAGAAUGUAACGAACGCCUGUUUAUAUGAAGGCUGCACACGAAGAGUUAGCAGGUGGACUGAGUACUUAUGGUAUCGCAUCAUGCACACAGUUUGACAUGUGCCUACGCUCCAUUCAACUUGAUUGGUACAGAUCAGAGUUCAGUAUUUGAGAAACUGGAACAAUUCCAUCGAUUGGUUUUCUG